AUGGAGGUCGCCGAGGCGCUCGCGCCUGCGCCCGACGAGGACGCGCUGGACGAACGCGGCGUGGCGCUGCACCUCCCGAGGCUGCUCGCCGGCGUCGUCUCCGGCGCCCUCACUGGCCUCUUCGCUCUCGCUGGAGCUCUGACUGGGGCAGUCACCGGCGCGGUGGCGGGCAGAGCUUCCGACAGCGGCGGCGUUCUGCGGGGAGCUGGAUUGGGAGCGGUCGCCGGCGCUGUCCUCUCCAUUGAGGUUCUUGAGGCUUCUCGCGCUUAUUGGUGCUCCGACCGGCUGGGCUCGCACGGCGCAUCGUCCAUGGCUGAUUUCAUUGAGCAGCUUCUUCGUGGCCGGUUUGUGCAAGAGCAAUUUACGACUUCAGGAUAUGCAUCAUAUCGCUGGCAGGUCAGCAUAUCAGAUUUUGGUCACGAUGACCUAUAUGACAUCUUUGGAGACAUUUCAUCUAAAGGGCUCUCACAAGAGUCACUGAAGAAACUACCACGUUAUGUGGUCACUGACCAAAUGCGGGACUCAUUCGGCGAAAUCCUGUCUUGCUCUAUCUGUCUACAGGACAUUGUAGCCGGCGAGACAGCGAGGAGGUUGCCCAAUUGCUCUCACACUUUCCACCAGCCUUGCGUGGACAAAUGGCUUGUCGAUCAUGGCUCAUGCCCCGUUUGCAGGCAAGAUGUUUCCAGCCGUGUCGGCAAUAUUCUUGCUGUCCUCGUUCUUGCAGAUGCAGACCCUGUGUUUGGCACUUUGGCAUCAAGUGUUGAUGACCAUGUUUCAGUCCUCAUGACCAUGUAUUCCAGUGCCCAUCUGCUUGGAAGUCUACAGAGUCAGGGUCGAUGGAUCCCCAUACCAAAGCAUAGUAAUGCGUGCGACCUGCCGUCCGGCGGCAGCCCUGAACUCUGUCAGGAUCACGCCACCUUCGACCAAGAAGGCAAGAACAGAACUGAAACUCCCUGGCUCCCACCUCGAAUCGACCUGCCGCUACGACAUCCUCUACAUUGUCAGAGUCUGUGA